AUGGACCAUCUUUGCCGCCUUCAUGGCUGGUCCCUACGUGCUGAACCCCGCCGUGUUUUCGAUGGCAUCAUCUUUAGCAAUGAGUUAGACAUGCUCGAUAUUAGGUGGCAUGAGCUUUAUCCAUAUGUCACAAAAUUGGUAAUACUUGAGGCAAAUACCACUUUCACUGGCAUCCCAAAGCCUCUUUUCUUUGCUUCAAAUCGGAGCAGAUUUGCCUUUGCUGAGGAAAAAGUCGUCCACGAUAUCUUUCCUGGCAUAGUUGUACCCCAUGGAUCGCGUACGGACCCCUUUGAACUUGAGAAAAAGCAACGUAUAGCUAUGAAUGCUUUACUUCGGCAUGCGGGGAUUUCCUAUGGUGAUGUACUGAUAAUGUCAGACACUGAUGAGAUCCCAAGCCCACAUACUGUGAAAUUACUGCAAUGGUGUGAUGGGAUUCCAUCUACAAUGCAUCUUGAGCUGAAGCACUACAUGUAUUCAUUUGAGUUCCCUGUGGACUAUAGUAGCUGGCGGGCUACAUCCCACAUCUAUGGACCACGUACCUUUUAUCAGCACUCUCGACAAACAAAUUAUUUAUUUUCUGAUGCAGGAUGGCAUUGUAGUUUUUGCUUUCGGCAUAUUGAAGACUUUGUGUUUAAGAUGACUGCUUAUAGCCAUGCGGACCGUGUGAAGCGGAGAGAGUUUCUGAAUUAUGCAAGAAUUCAAAAGCUCAUUUGUCGAGGAGAUGAUCUUUUUGAUAUGUUACCUGAAGAGUACUCAUUCAAGGAGUUGAUUAAGAAGAUGGGACCAAUACCUCGUUCGACUUCUGCAGUUCAUCUUCCUGCUUACUUGAUAAAGAAUGUAGACAAGUUUAGGUUCCUUCUCCCCGGAGGCUGUUUAAGGCCACAGGAUUGA